AAUCAUGAGCUUGAUUUCAGAUACAUCCAGAAAGCAUCCAGAAGAAAUAUCCUACUGGAAAAACUGAAAAAGCUGUAUUCGUAACACUGGAAUUUGGACAGUUUGUUAAAAUGGCGGAAAAUAGUGAGAAUAAUAGUAAAAAUGUAGAUGUAAGGCCCAAAACUAGUCGAAGUCGAAGUGCUGACAGAAAGGAUGGUUAUGUAUGGAGUGGAAAGAAGUUAUCUUGGUCAAAAAAGAGUGAAAGUUGUUCAGAUGCUGAAACAGUGAAUGCUAUAGAGAAAACUGAAGUUCCUCUAAGGAGCCAAGAAAGGAAGCACAGCUGUUCAUCUAUUGAGUUGGAUUUAGAUCAUUCCUGUGGCCACAGGUUUUUAGGCCGAUCUCUUAAACAGAAACUGCAAGAUGCCGUGGGGCAGUGUUUUCCAAUAAAGAAUUGUAGUAGUCGGCACUCUUCAGGGCUUCCAUCAAAAAGAAAAAUUCAUAUCAGUGAACUCAUGUUAGAUAAGUGUCCUUUCCCACCUCGAUCAGAUUUAGCCUUUAGGUGGCAUUUUAUCAAACGACACACUGCUCCUCUAAGCCCCAAGUCAGAUGAAUGGGUAAGCACAGACUUGUCUCAGAGUGAAUUGAGGGAUGGUCAACUAAAACAGCAAAGAAACAUGGAAGAAGAGGUCAACUGUUUCUCACAUACGGAUGUUCAGCCUUGUGUCAUAACCACUAACAGUCCUUCAGAUAGAGGUAGUCCUGGGACAGGCUCUAUGAUAAACCUGGCUUCAAAUAACAGUAUAGAAGAUAGUGAUAUGGAUUCAGAUGAUGAAAUUAUAACACUUUGCACAAGUUCCAGGAAAAGAAACAAACCCAAGUGGGAAAUGGAUGAAGAAAUCCUGCAGCUAGAAACACCUCCCAAGUACCAUACUCAGAUUGAUUAUGUUCACUGUCUUGUACCAGACCUCCUUCAGAUCAAUAACAAUCCAUGCUACUGGGGCGUUAUGGAUAAAUAUGCAGCUGAAGCUCUACUAGAAGGAAAACCAGAGGGUACCUUUUUACUGCGAGACUCGGCACAGGAAGACUAUUUAUUCUCCGUUAGUUUUAGACGCUAUAGUCGUUCUCUUCAUGCUAGAAUUGAACAGUGGAAUCACAACUUUAGCUUUGACGCUCAUGAUCCUUGUGUCUUCCAUUCUCCUGACAUUACUGGGCUCCUAGAGCAUUAUAAGGACCCGAGUGCUUGUAUGUUCUUUGAACCACUUUUAUCCACUCCUUUAAUUCGGACUUUCCCCUUUUCCCUGCAGCAUAUAUGUAGAACAGUUAUUUGUAACUGUACAACUUAUGACGGCAUUGAUGCCCUUCCAAUUCCUUCUUCCAUGAAAUUAUAUCUGAAGGAAUAUCAUUAUAAAUCAAAAGUUAGAGUACUCAGGAUUGAUGCACCAGAACAACAAUGCUAGGAAAAGGGUAGGAACAUGGAAAUGAUUAUAUACAUAUCUUCAUUUAAUAUUUUUAUUAUGCCAUUUUGAAUUUUUCUACAAGGGCAGAUGAAAUCCAGAAUAAACUUCUGCCCUAAAUUUCAUUUCCAGAUCAGUUUAUUUUUCUUAGGAUACAAUAAUUGUUUAAGGUUACACAUUAGGAGUUAUUGGAUAUUUUUGACCAGGUGUUUGGCUUUUGUUUUUACCAUGUAGAUUGUAUACUUAAUUUUUUUCUUAAUUGUAGCUUGCAUAUGAUCCUACCUAUUUGAAAUUUGGUAGACAUUGCAAACACAGCUGAAUAAUCUGUAAUUUAUACUUUUCUUUAAAGAUAAUUGUGUCCUUUCUUGCAUAUAAAAUGCUUUGUUAACCUCACCCUUUUCAGAGUUGUUCUAAAGUUCUUCAGUGAAGCUGAGUGUGUUGUAAUUUACAAUCCAUACUAAUGUAAUUGACUUGUAAUUUACUCAUAGGGAUGUUAAAAGUUUACAAAAUGGCUUAAAAUCAAAUUUGAUGUGUUUUCAUUUUAAAUGUUAACUAAAGCAGGAUUACUAAAUUUGAUUAAUCAGGUCGGUGAGAAUCAAAUAAGGACAUGAUGUUUUGGAGGUGAACUUAUUCUAUAAUGCAGCAUGGUCAUUUGCUAUUGCCUGAAUAGGUCUUUCUCUCAAACCUAGAAGAGUUACCAUCUUGAGAACAUAACUAUUAUUCCUCUUUCACUGGAAACUUUAAAAAUAAUGAUAGCACUAUUAGUAACUAGUAGUUACUAAAGUAAUAAAGCAACUAGGGUUUUUCUGUAUUAUGAAUUGUUGCUUCUGCUCAGCCCUUUUUUAGAAACUAAGCCCAUUACUUUGGAGAGAUGCCACAGUAUAUAAACAGCCACAAAUUUCCAUUGGUAACCAAAGAGACCCAAGUAGUUUUUCAUUAUUUUAAAUUGAGUUUGAAUAAAGAUUCAGGAAGUAAACAUGGAGCUCAGUAUUCAGGAAGCUUAAUAUUGUUUUUGAUCUUCAGGUUUCAAAUAAUUAUUCCUGUUUUCAGAAUUAGCAUGUCUUUAGUAUGGCUUUCAAAAAAGGAAAACAUUUUGAAAGCUAUGUGGCUUAUGCCAUACUGAACAAUACUGCACACCAGGCAUAAUACUUUAAAUUUACCAUCCCAAGAACAGGGAAGUAUUUUGAGAAACAUCAUCCCAGUAUAUAAGAUAGAUGGAAUGAUAGCCUAUCCAACUUUUCUUUUUUAAAGAGUUAAUGAAUAAUAAAUAUCCUGACAGUUGUUUCUUCUGGUGAGUUGUCUACCCCUUUGUACAAAUUGGCAUUUCUAAUACCAUAGUAAUUGAUUUCUUGAUACUAGUUUAGCUGUGAUAGAGAGCUGCUUCUAUCUGGAUUAAAUGAAAUUUGAUUCAAAUUUCCAAGUUAGAAUAGAUGUUCUUAAGUCUCAUUGCUUUUAUGUUGAAGUAGCAUUUCCCUUUCCUGCAGUUUUGCUGUUAACAUAAAGGUGGCAUUUUAAAAUAAUUACUUCAAAAUACAUCUUCAGCCGUUAUCAUAAAAACAAGAAAACCUGUUACCAAUAUCGUCUAGCAUUUUUUUCCUCAGUGAUCUCAAGAUUGUCUUGGUUCCAGUGAGGGUUAGCUACUAAAAUGGCACCUCUCUUAGCAGUGAUGAGGCUCAGGAUAUCAACACCAAUGUCAAGAUAAGAAUCCCUUCUAAAAAUGGUAUUUCCCUUUUACAAAAGUGGGAAAGUCUCAAACUACCUCAUCUUUAUUGUGGCGCUUUUGUAGAUCACUGAGAAGCUUCUCUUAUUUACCAAUAUAACGCUUCCUAAAUAUCCACCUUUGGUGAAAGAAAAUUAAUAGUAUGGUAAGACUCUACCCAUGAUUAUAGUUUUUUAUCAGAAUUUGAUAUUGAGACUUUCUGUUUCUAUGAAACAAUAUUGUUUUAAAUAUUUUUCUUUUAAAAAUAACUUUCUAUCAGUACAGAAAAACCUAAGGGAUGACUAGGUAAUGACUAUUCUGUUAAAAGAUAAUUUUAUAAAGAUAAAUGAAAUAUAAUUAUGUUGUCUUUUAUAAUGGUAAAAAUUAGUGUUUAUAUGAAAAUCAAGAUCUAAGUAGCUUUUCAUAUAUUCACACUGGUUGCUUGUGAUAUAUUUUCUCUCACUGUCUUAUUUUUUCAACUUCAAGGUAUUGGUAGCUGUUAACAUUUUCAAGUACUGCCAUUUAUAUAGCCUUGAAGUAGAUGAUCUAAUAAAUGAGAGCAGGAAAGAGAUUCAUUUGCUCUGAAACAGUCUGUAUUUUUCCUUUGGUAUUUGCCACAGUGAAAAGAAAUCUGGAAAGUAGAAAUAUAAGAAUUGGGAAGGGAAUUGUUUACCAUGAAGGAAAAAGGAGAGUAAUAAUAAAUUAACUUUUUAAAGCAUGAAUGGAUUGAAAUUUAGAAAUGUUAAUAAGCCUUUCUUGGUGACUUUUGAGGAUACAUUUGGAAGAGCAUUCAGUAUUCAGAAACUUAUUAAGAAAUGUUACUGGAAUUAUGUAUAAGUAAAUUAGUAAAGUUAUGAGAGAAACUGUGGGAAUAUAUAUAUCUAAAUAUAAAUUUUGUGACUCUGAGUUGGGCAUUGUGAGCAAUUGAAAAGUGUAAAUUUUGGAGUUGAGAAAGCAUUCAGCAUGGUGGAAAUGUGUAGCACUUAUUGGUGAGAAAGGAUGGGGCUAAAAGAAACGAGAUAAAAUAUUAAAAUUAAGAAUUUAGGCAUUACCUCAGGGGGAAACACUUGACAGUGAAAGGGAACUACUUAAUCGCUAAUAGCUAGUCUGGACCAGACACUUAAAUGCACUUUGGGAUUCAUUCUGCACUAACCAGGAAAUAAACUUGACUUUUCUAUUUCUCUCUGAAGCUUUCAGGAGUACCCCCGAUACACACCCUAUUUUAAAGCUACAGCAUCUUGAUUCAUACUGUAAUUCUUGAAACAUGCUGAAUGGAGUUUUUUUAGGUUCCUUGAGCAUUUUUGUAUGAAGAAUCAUAUCUAAUUCUAUAACCAUGCCAUUCACUUAAAUAAUUCAUAGAGGGAAUGGUUUAAUUUAAAGGAAGACCUAAUAGGAAGAGGAUUAAAGGAAGCUUUUAGUCAGCCUGUGGCUAGAUUUAUUGAUUUGGUGAUCAGACCUGUAUUCUUUCCUGAACUUCAGCUAAUGGCAAACUGUGGUCAAAAAAUGGCUUUCAAUUAAAGUUUUGACUUUCUUAGUAUAAAUAAUAUAAAGAAUGUCUAAGUAAUUAGAAAUCCUUCAAAAAAAAAAAGUAGAGCAAAUGUGGCAAAUAGGAAUCAUAUUAUACAAAUUCCAUUUCUUUUUAUAAGAAAAACACAAACCAUUAUCAUUUAUUCAUGAGCCAAAGCCAUUAAGAUAAAUCAAGCUAUCAGCUUCCUGUCUUGCUGAAGUUUGGAUCAUUUUAUAGAUCCAUGUAAUAGAGAACUUCCUUCCUAUGAAACAAAAACCUUGAGACCUAACUCAUAAAUAUACUCUUAGUUUUCAUUAAAAAAUCUUUUUUGUCACUUUUAGCUCUAAUCAGAGUCAAAAAGGUUAUAUAUUGAUUUGGGGAGAGCAAAUUUCACAGGAAGUAGACUUAAUUGUAUAACAUUCCUGGAGACAACACAAGGGAAACAGUGUUUAAAUGUAAAAUAGACUGUGUGCUAGGUAAUUUAAUGCCCAAAUGAAUAAAAGAUUUUUAAGUCAAGAUUAUUGUUUCUAGUUUAGAAAAAAAAAUCUACAAUCUCAGUUUUAAUAAUCAGUUUUACAUCCUUUUUUAUUUCUAAAGAAUAAACAGAAAGCACAAGAAGUUUUCCUUUUUUAAUGGCCUGCUGGAUAUGACCAGCAGUACAAGAGUCUGUCUAUACUAUUCUAACACAUUAAAAUAUUGGACAUAAAAUGGAGAUAACUUUUGGAAAUGGUUUGGCUUUUAAGUAGAACUGAAAACUAAUGGAUAUAACCCAAUGAAAAGGGAAUCCUCUCUUCAAAUAAAGCCAAUCUUUGUGAAUUACUUUUACAUUUUGAAUAGAUUACUCAAUCCUAAAUCUUUCUUUACUCUUAUUUCCUAGCACAUAAAAUAUAGAUAAUAAUACUUGUCACUUGACUUCCUGAAGGUUAAUUCUUCAGUUAAGAGGUGACCAUUGGAGCAUACUUGAAAAUAAUUUCUGUCCAGCUGUUAAGUACUAAUGUGAUGAUAGGUUUUCAAAGUAUCCCCUUAGUGGACGCUGCAGAUUCGCAUUCACUUUUAGUCUGUUAAUAGGCUUUCUUGACUUGAUUUGAUAAUAAAGAUAAUGGUACAAUUUGAAUUUAUGGUUUAAACUCUGCAAUUAGAUGAACGGUUUCAAUUUCCUCCUAUCUUUAAUAAGGUUUGUGUAAAAUUGAUGUUUGCCUAAGUUAUUUUAAAAGUUGAUUACAUUUACAGGAAGCAAAGAUAAUCACUUUUGUUGUGGUUAUAAUUUAAGCUUUCAGACUCGAGAGUGUAAAACUUAAGGAGAUAUACUUAAAUUAUGCUGAGUUUGCUAGAAUUGGAUAAAUUUAGUAUAAACCAAGUAUGAACUUGAUAAACACCUGAACAUACAGAGUUGAAGUAGUAACUUCACAAAGCUAUUAGUACUCAUCAGUCAGGCUUGUGUGAUCCACCCCUUACCCAAAAAGAAGUAAAUGUUUCCAUUUUUAUUCUAAUGCUGAAGUUGAAUGUUUCUUGGAUGUGAGUUCAAAUAAAUUGAUCUGAAUAAGUUUUCAUUUCUUAUUAAAACUUCAUAUAUAAAA